AUGAUUAUUACAACAUGGAUUGUGUACAUAAUAGCCCGGCAAAAAGUGGGAUUCUGCUUCCCACCAAAAACCAGUUCGGACAUUGAAGUUGUGGAAAGCGAGGCAGUAUCAGUGAUGCAACACUGGCUGAAAAAGACUGAAGAAGAGGCUUCCGAAGGUAUCAAACAAAAGAUGUCAAACUGUCCUCCAACUCAUGGCCAAGAAGUACACGUGACAAGAGAUGUGGUGAAACAUCAUACCUCAAAAUCCGACUUAUCAGUAAACCGGAGCCAAGAGGUCCUUGAAGAAAGAACAAGGAUCCAGUUCAUAAGAUGGAGUCACACACGUAUCUUCCAAGUCCCAAGCGAAGUGAGAGAUGAGGCCAUGCGAGAGAGGAUAGAGCAGGUGAGAAGAAGCCUGUCUCAAGUUAUGGUUGAAUCUGCCCCCAGUGUUGGAGCCUCAUUCUCAGACUGCUAG